GGAAGGCAGCCCAGUUGCCGUUUGGGCUGCGGCUGCGGUGCAGACAUCAAUCACUGCGCGGGGGUGUUGGGGCUGGGGAAGAGACGGCUCUGCAGAAAGCGCUGCCUGGGACGCGGCGGCAGGGACGGGCUGCGCUGGCGGCAUGGGGACCUGGCACCAAGAGCGGGGUGACCAGCGGCCAUGACGACGGAGACGGGCCCGGGCUCAGACGUGAAGAACGCGCAGGAGGAGGCUCCACAGCAGCAGCUGGAGGCGGCUGCAGCCACCAACCCUGCCGGCCGGGACACCGAGGCCAAUGAGAAGCCCGGGGCACAGUCCGAUGCCCGAAAUACGGAGCCGGGCACAGACAUGGAGGAGAAGGACUACAGCGAGACGGACGGGCUCUCUGACAAAACAACCCCCAGCAAGACCCAGAAGUCACCCCAGAAAACCACCAAGAAAGUGAAGAGUGCCCUCUGCAGAGUGACCCUGCUCGAUGCCUCCGAGUACGAGUGCGAGGUGGAGAAGCACGCCCGAGGCCAGGUCCUCUUUGACAUGGUGUGCGAGCACCUCAACCUUCUGGAGAAGGACUACUUUGGCCUCACCUUCUGCGACUCAGACAGCCAGAAGAACUGGCUGGACCCCUCCAAGGAGAUCAAGAAGCAGAUCCGCAGUGGGCCUUGGAAUUUUGCCUUCACCGUGAAGUUUUACCCUCCAGACCCUGCCCAGCUCACAGAGGACAUCACAAGAUACUACCUGUGCCUGCAGCUCCGUGCGGACAUCAUCACGGGGCGCCUGCCCUGCUCCUUUGUCACGCAUGCCCUGCUGGGCUCCUACGCCGUGCAGGCCGAGCUGGGCGACUAUGAUGCUGAGGAGCAUGUGGGCAACUACGUCAGCGAGCUCCACUUCGCCCCCAACCAGACGCGGGAGCUGGAGGAGCGCAUCAUGGAGUUACACAAGACCUACCGGGGAAUGACCCCCGGGGAAGCGGAGAUCCACUUCCUGGAGAACGCCAAGAAGCUCUCCAUGUACGGAGUGGACUUGCACCAUGCUAAGGACUCAGAGGGCAUAGACAUCAUGCUGGGCGUCUGCGCCAACGGCCUCCUCAUCUACAGGGACCGGCUGAGGAUCAACCGCUUCGCCUGGCCCAAGAUCCUCAAAAUUUCCUACAAGAGGAGCAACUUCUACAUCAAGAUCCGCCCGGGUGAGUACGAACAGUUUGAGAGCACCAUUGGCUUCAAGCUGCCCAACCACCGCUCCGCCAAGCGUCUCUGGAAGGUCUGCAUAGAGCAUCACACCUUCUUCAGGCUGGUGUCCCCGGAGCCACCUCCCAAGGGCUUCCUGGUGAUGGGCUCCAAGUUUCGGUACAGCGGGCGGACGCAGGCGCAGACACGGCAGGCCAGCGCCCUCAUCGACCGCCCGGCGCCCUUCUUCGAGCGCUCCUCCAGCAAACGGUACACCAUGUCUCGCAGCCUUGACGGAGAGUUCUCGCGCCCAGCCUCUGUCAGCGAGAACCACGACGCCGCGGCGGAGGGCGAGAAGCAGGAUGAGGACGGUGAGUUUGGCAGCAGGAGACGGUCUGAGACGGAGGACGAGGAGGUGACCACCCCAACGAAGAUCAAAGAGCUGAAGCCGGAGCACGAAACAACCCCCAGGCACAAGCAGGAGUUUUUAGACAAGCCAGAAGAUGUUUUGCUGAAGCAUCAGGCCAGCAUCAAUGAGCUGAAACGGACCCUGAAGGAGCCCAACAGCAAGCUGGUUCACAGGGACCGGGACAGGAGGCUGCCUUCCUCACCAGCCUCUUCCUCACCCAAACAUGAAGAUGAAACACCAAAGGGAACCCCAGAAAAGGCCGGCGAGACGAUGGAAGAGGACACCUUAGACGAUUUUACAUCCGAGCACGGAGCUUCCCUAAGCAUGGAGUCUUUCACGCAGAAAAGCCUUGUCUCCUCUCCUGAGGGCUCGGAGCAUUGGGUAUUUAUAGAGAGAGAAACUCCUAGGCUGGAAGCAAUAGCUCUAAGGAAAGCUCUGGGAGUCAAGAAAGAAGAAUCCCAUGCAGGUACCUCAGAGGUGAAAAUGAGUGUGAGCAUGUCGAAAGUGGAGACGGCAGUAGGGAAAGCCAAGGAAGUGGCAGGCCAGGAAGAGCCAGCAAAUGCAGCCCUGGAUACCCGGACAAGAGCAAAAAUGAUCGCUAGUCCUGAGGAUUUUGAGUCUGUCUGGGACGAUGACCUCUAUGAGAAGGAAAGCAGGGGAGAGCCCGGGCAGGAGGCAGAGUGCUUGCCAGCUGAGAGCACAGAGGAGCCCCAGGGCAAGGAAGCAACCGCCAGUGAGCCAGGUCUGCCCAAGCCAUGUCAGCAGCCUGAAGAGAGGCAAAGGGCUAAGAUUUUGGGAGAAAACGAGGCGGCCUCCAAGGAACGUGCUUCAGCAGCCUCCCGGAAGCAGGAGGCCAGAGUGCUGGCCACAGGCACAGAGCUCAUUAAAAUUAAGGUGAAGGCUAGUGAUGACAGCUCGGAGACUUCUGCCACCCAGAGGAUCAUCUACUUAGGAGAUCCAGAGGAAGAGGAGGACAGUAAAAAACACCUGCUCUCAGAGACUGAGGGACGGCUUGGCUUAGAGGAGAGACCAGAAGCCACUGCGAACACCUCCGGGGAGGGGUCUGGGCAUGUGGCACCUGUGGCAGAAGGGUUCCAGCCCCCUUCCUCAGCCAGUCAGCAACACAGCGCAGCGUCUGGAAAACCUGCUGAAGCACCAGAGCAGCCCUGGACAGGCUGUGGUGGGACCAGCCUGGUGGGACGGCAGCAGGAAGGACCACCCUUGCAGCAAGAGAGGACACCUGUGGGGCUGACAGGCUGCGAAGUACCAAAGGGAGGUGAAGCUCUGCUUCAUUCUCAAGAGGUGGUACCAGAGGAGAUGGAUCUUCAAAGCCCAGUGGGAGGCUGGAAGCCAUGUGGCCUGGCAGGGGAUGGCCACGAGACUGAGGAGCAGAAAGGGGGCCCAGUACAGAGCCAGAACAUCUGCACGGGCACGGCAGUAGAGGGGCUCCCAGGAAGGACUGGAGCAGGUGGUGACAAGGAGGAAAGUGUCAGAGUGGUUCUUCAGAUGGAAGAGAUAGAGACCAAGUCUCCUCCAUCAGCUGUGCCUUGGCAGGGUCACUCUCACAGCACCGCGGGGUUGGAGGGGGAUAAACCCAGCACUCCCGACCCUACGGCCUUUCCCCAGCAACCCAGCGCCAUCCCUGCAGAGCCAGCCCCAGGCACUGAGCCGGAGGGCAGAGACCCAUCCCAGGCCACCAGCCCUGUGAGAGGUGUGGGCAUACCCAAGGGCAUCAACCCCCCGGCAGAGGUGGCACACGAGGAGGCAAGCUCUGAAGUAGGCAAAGGAGCACCUGAGGACAUGAGCCCUGUAGCAGAGGAGGCAAUACCCAGAGGCACCAGUCCUGAAUCUGAAGAACAACCCCAAAACAUGGGCUUUGCUAUGUGCAAACCACACCAAGGUGCGAGUCCUGUUGCAGGAGGAGCACCCCAAAACACAGAUGCUGCAGCAGAGUCGAUGCAGGUCAGAGGCCCAGCCACAGGGGAGGUGGCCUGGAACAUGGACCCUGUCACAGCAAGGGCAACCCAGAGCAAAGACCCUGCCACAGAAGAGCCACUCCAGGAGGAGAAGCCCAUGAUAAAAGAGCUCUCCCAGGACACAGGGCCCACAUCAGGGAAGCUGGCCAGACAUGAAGGCUGUGGGAUGGAAGAACUGUACCGUGACAAAAGCCUUGGCAUGGAAGAGCUGCCUCCCAGGGCAGAAGAAGCAGAACAACAGAUUGAGGCCAUAAUAAGAGACCUUCCCCAAGAGGGUCCUGUGGCUGGAGUGCUCCUCCACACUGCAGAUCCCAAAGCACAAGAGCCACCCCAGGACUUGGAGUUUAAUGUGGGACAAGAUCUCCUGGGCAGGAGCCCUACAGUAGGAGAAACCACCAGGGACAGUGACCUUGCUCUGGGGCAGCCACCGCAGGGUAAGUCUCCAUCCAAAGAAGCUGCUGGAAUCCCGCACUCCCACUCCCCUGGAGCAGGAUUGUGUCAAGGAAGCAAGACGUACCGGCUCUCUACCUUGAUCUGUGAAGGUGGGGGAGAGCUGCAAUUGAGUGGUGGGACACAUCAAAUAGAGUCUGGGUCAUUGAUGUGCAUGGCCGGGAGGACAGGAGCUGUGUCCCAGGAACACGGAGAUGUCCCCGUGGUCCCAGGAGGCUGGCAGGACAGCGAGAGCUACAGGAAAACUUCAGUGGCCUCUAAGAUCAAGAUGUUUGAGCAAAGUGAAGCAGAACGAAGGGGAACCCAGGAGGACCAAGAGCACAUCCCUGAAGCUGAGACAUCAGAAAAAGCAAAGGGGAAGAUGGGUCUGGGACAGGACAUGCUUUUGAACACAGGCCUCACCUCACCGCCAGCGAUGCCGGUCACUCCAGUGGGACCUGCGUCCGGUGUGGGCUCCUUGGCCCUUGGGCAAGGGGCUGGUUCAGGAGAAACCUCCCAGCCUCUCUCUCUGAAGGAAGAUGUUUCUGUUGACCUGGAGCACGAAGGAGAAGACAGUGGUGACCUGGCCUCCCCCGACUCUGGCUGCGAACUCACACUGGCAGAAGCCGUGAGCAAAUCUCAGGAACCAAGUGGGGAAGAAAAGGAUUUAUCUGACCCGUCAGUAAAAUCCAGCCUGAAAGAAGAGAAUUUAAAAACUGCUGUUCCAGUGGUCUUCCAGAGAGCGGGCUUGAGGGAGGGCGCGGAGGAGAGAGCUAAGCCACCUCGGCACAGGGCUCCCGAGAGUGACACCGGCGAUGAGGAGCAGGACCAGGAGAAGGACUCGGUCUUUCUGAAGGACAACCACCUGGCCAUCGAGCGCAAGUGCUCCAGCAUCACGGUCAGUUCAACCUCCAGCCUGGAAGCAGAGGUGGACUUCACAGUGAUCGGUGACUACCACGGCACUGCCUUUGAGGACAUCUCCCGGAGCCUGCCCGAGCUGGACAAGGACAAGAGUGAAACAGAAGAUGAAGGCCUGGUUUCCUUCCAGCACACUGACAAAGUAGUUGCCGGACUGGAAGAGGAUGUCAAAGGCAGGGAGAAGGUCUCCCAGCCCAGCUCAGAUGUCUCCCAGCUAGAGUCAUCAGCCCCGAAAGCAGAUGCUGUUACCGUCGUCCCGGGGCCGGGCGUGAAGAAGCCUGAAGCAGAUGGCUUCGCUCCCCACCAGGUUGGCACCACAUACACAGCCCAGGUGGAAGGAGGCCCCCCAGGCAGGGACACCACGGCCACUGCUCACGCUGGCACCGCAGAGACGUCACCAGCGACCUCAGAUCACAGCACCAAGGCUGGGAAAGGAGCUGUUCCAACGACAGACCUUCGCUCCCUCUCACCGAUCUCCAGCGGCUCUGCUGGGAAGGAAAUGCUCACCAGCAUAUUCAGUGCCACUGCGGAAACCCUCUCCACUUCCACCACUACCCACGUUACCAAGACUGUGAAAGGAGGGUUUUCUGAGACCCGAAUAGAGAAGCGCAUCAUUAUCACAGGAGAUGAAGACGUGGACCAGGACCAGGCACUGGCUUUAGCAAUCAAAGAGGCAAAACUACAGCAUCCCGACAUGCUGGUAACCAAAGCUGUGGUGUACAGAGAAACAGAACCUUCUCCAGAGGAAAGGGACAAGAAACCUCAGGAAUCUUGACCAACAUGUUGAUGGAAGUCGGCAUCUGUGUUCAAACCUGGAGAACAGCGGAGAAGGAGCCUUCAUGCUGGAUUUGUCAGCAAGACAUAGACAUCCUGGCUGCAAUGUUCAUGGCGAGAGACAAAAAUUUUUAAAAAAGGAAUAGCAAAUAUAUUAUAUAUAUAUAUACAUACAUACAUAUAUAUAUAUAUAUAUAUAAAAACAGGAAACAAAAUGCAUCCUUGCACUGCUGCUAAAUGCUGGAAAUGAAUAGCAAACAACACCACCAACAAACAAAGCCAACCCUCUGCAGAUAAAUUGAAGAAUUUACUGGAUUGGUGAUAAGAUAAGAUUUAAAACAUCAUAAUAAUAACAACAAUAAUAUUGUUAACAAUACAAUAAGCCACCAUCUUGCAUGUUACAUUAAAGGAUACACAAUCAUGAGUUCAUUUGUUGCACACUGAAUGGAAAGGAAAACUGCUUUGCAACAAAGCAAGAAAUAAGCAAACUGAAAUAAAAAAAAACCACAAGCAGAAGCAAAACCAUUCCCCACCUCUGGAAAGAAGAGAGAAAAACAUUGAAUUUGUUACCUUAGAGUUAUUUUCCAAUUUGCAAGUGUCGUUUUGCCCUUCUCAUUCCACGCUGGUUCUUUUGCAUCUUUUGGGGUUAUGUUAACUCUUCCCCUUCUGUUCCUGAUCUUCUUCUCUGUGCACUUGUCCAACCUCUUGUUCUCUGAAGGUAUUUAAAGAAUGGAUUUCAUUUCACACAAAGCAAAUGAUAUGUAUAUGGUUUCUCAUUUAUAAAAAAGCAGCCUGUAGGGGUUUCAUAUGGAUGUGCAUUUAAGUUAUGUAUAUUAUUAUAUAUAACGAGGGGGGAGGGAGGGAACAAUACUGAAAUAAUUCAACAGUGCUGGUAAAUAUGAUGACGACAUUUUUAAAUUAUUAACUCUUUGAUUGACUGUGGUUGGUGUAUUUUGAGACUCUUAGAUCACUCGUGGGACUCUCGGUCCUGCAAGAACCGGGAAGGUUUCAGACGCUGCUGUUCUCGGGGAGAGGACGGGGAGAGGGCGAGAGACGGGAGAUGUCCCGCCAGCUGGUCUGCAGGGGAUGGUGAUGGGGUUUGGAGGGUCAGUGGUGACUUGGAGGGGCAGGGAAGGAGGUUGAGGCUGUGUAGGGACGAUGGUCUCCCCGGCCCCCACCCAGAGCCACGGGGGUCGGCUGGGAGCAAGGUGGCAGCCACAGGACCACGUUCCUCGCUCCUCUCCAGCCCACUGAGCCGUGCCAGUGGUUGGGGUGGUUUUGCUUUGUUUCUGGAUUCCAGUAAUGAAGAUCCUUGAGCUUUGUAGUAGGGUGGAAGGCAGAGGGGUUGUUUCUGCCCAGCCUCCCCCGCUGCCCGGGGUGUGAUGGCAAGGGCCAGUGACAGCGAUGGUGGGGCAAUGGCAGUCCUUCCCCGGCCUGCCUGGAGCUGGGCAGUGGAGAGACCGAGCUGUCUCCAUCCCUGCACAGCGUUCCCAGCAUCCCAGGCUGGAGGAGAGAGCUCAGGCCCUCUGCACGAGGAGGCGCCUGUGGAGGAGAUGUCAGUGGAGCUGCCUUCCCCCAGCUCAUCCCAGCUCGGCUUUUAGCCACUGGCUUCCUCGCCGGCUGCCUUUGGAAGGGGAUCAUGGGCCAAGCCCAGGGCCUCGUACACUGUGAACCAGGCAGUUAGGGUAGACUUGGAACCAAAAUCAGAAAGGAAAGGAAAUAAAACGGGUUUCCUUCUAGGAAUCGUCUCUAGCUCCUGCGGAAACAGAAGGGCCCACGAAUUCUGCACCAUUUUGCCUUUAGUCUCUCACCCCUCACACAGACCCUGCCCAGAAAUAAACGUGUUUUGCCAGGCUCUGUGGUGGCUCGGAGGAGGACAGCGAGCAGGAGAGCCUGCCCCGCGAGGAUGCUGCGGGCAGACCCCGCUCACCACCUCUGCUGUCCCAGGAGAGACCCUGCUCCCUGGCAGCCACGGUUCACCAGGUGCUUGCGAGUAUGUCCCCGUGAAGUCUGUUCUCCUCCUGGCAGAGAGGUUUCUCCUGCCAGCCUGAAAGGUGGGGGCACAGGCUGCUUGGGACGUGGCCAGAGUUGCUGGCUGGCCCCAGCGCUGCCAGCUCCUGAGGGUCUCCCCAGCUUCCACCUGAGCACCUUCAGCUACCUUUAGAGACCAGACCCCCAACCAAAAAAGAGUUAAGGCAGUUGCAAACAGGCUCCUUUUCUCUCUUUUCUCUUUUGCUUUUUUUUUUUUUCCCAAUACACCCAAACCAGCUGUGAUCAGCAGUGGCACUCUCAGAGGGAGAGGAGGGGUGGCACAGGACUCCUGGUGCUGGUCAUCUUCAGCACACGGCGUGUUCCAUGCCCAUGCCAAUCUGGCCUUGACACCUUGCGACCCACCAGAGGCUACUGUGAAACUAGCUACUUGCUUUUGAGGUUGUGUAGUUAUAAAACCGAAGGUUACUGUUAAAAUUAGUGGCCUUACAGAGUUAGACUUGAUGUGCGCUUGGACUGAAAUGAGUUAUGUUUGGAGUGAGCAGAUCCAGUCCCCGGCUCCCGCAGCGUGUUUAAUGGGUGGCAGUGUUUAAAAACUUAAAAUAAAAUAAAAUUAAAAGAAAAAAAAAAAAGGAAAGAAAAAAAGCUCACUGCUUGUUUGCCUGGCGAGGUGUGGGUUUCUGCUGCUCAGCAACAACUGCUGCCCCCGCGGGCUCAGCUCCCCCAGCCUGCCCAUCACCGUGCUCCGUUCCAGAGCUGAUCACGGCUUGGUUUCUUCCAGGGGCCUUUCUGUUGAAAGGGGUGGGAGACACGAGUGCCUGUUUUUACCUGAUCCCACAAAUUCAUUCCAAACCUGGCCUGCGAUUGCAUGAGUAAUAAUAACAGUAACAAUAAUAAUAAUAUUUAUUUUUAUUUGAGAAGCACCUUACCAACCAACUGCAACGCUCUGUUGUUCCUUCACUAACUCUCCUUUUCUCUUCCCUUGUUCUCCCUCUCCCCCCUUCGGUCAUACUCCUUUUCAGUGCUCGGUGGUGUAUGCGUGUGUGCUCACUGUUCUUGUAUUCAAUAAAGGUGAAAUAAAUGUGUUUGAUGCUAAAUCA